AUGAAGGCGUACGUGCGGACCACGAAUGAAGAACGGGUGAAGCAGAAGCUUCUUCAAGGACUCGACCGCCUGGAGAGAGCACACCGGUUGGAGCUGUCCACAAAGACCGGCAUGCCAGCGACCAACGGGGGAGAACGCGCGGACAACACGAACGAGCUUCAACGCCUGAAUCAGACGAUCCAGAGCUACCGAAAGUAUUUUGAGGACCUCAAGCAGACCACCAAGAGUUUGAAGACCGAAGUCCAACGUCAGCUAACGGAGAAGGUGAAAGAGGUCGAGACGUUGACUUCGGAACUGCGGGCGCUGCGGAACAACGUUCAAGCAUGGACCGAGAGAGAGGACGCAAGUCGGAAAGAGGCCGAUGAACAUUCUGGAUGCGGUAUCUGCUUUGAAGCGUGGAGCAAAGAAGUCCGGCGGGCUGCGUUUGACUGUGGUCAUGCGACAUCGUGUAUCGACUGUAGCAGAGACUACCUUGAAAGCGAAUUUGCACGGGCUAAUAAUGCAAAGCGGCCCACCUUCAAGUGUCCACUUGGCUGUGCCUUGAAGAGCAAGCACCUCAUUGAGCUUUACCUUUGAGCCCUGGAGCUGAUGCAGCUUGUCAGAUGUGAGGACAACGGAUAAUCUGCACGUGUAGCACUGUUCGGGUGUUGUGCUUUCAUGUACUACUAGGCUCGAAUUACAAACUUGUAUUGUACGUUCGGUUGCUAGGACGCAAGCUCCAGGAGGCUAGAUUAGGAACUGUUCGUACGUCAUUAUGUGGGCGGUACAUCAAGUGUAGACGUUGACAUUGAUUUUUUUCGGGAGACCGCACUACUGCCGGCCCCUGGAUUGACUGUUCAUGAUUCAAGCCGGCAUGAUCGCAUACCUACAGCGACGUGUGACAGUCUACAAACGUUAAGUCAGUCUCCGAU